AUGGGAUCUAUCGACAGCCUUAAAGAUCAUACGCGCUAUCAAGAUGUUGCGGAGACCACAGCAGAUCUUGAAUGGGCAGAUCUAAUUACAAUCGAUCUAUCUAAAUUCGAUACGCCAGGCGGCAAGCAAGAGCUUGCAGCCCAGCUGAAGAAAGCUAUCAGCACCAUCGGCUUUUUCUAUGUCAUCAACUUUGGCCUGACAGAAGAUGAGGUUGACGAGCAAUUCGCACUCGCGAAGGCACUCUUCGACUUACCCGACGCAGAAAAGCAGAAAUAUAGGGUUGAUCCAACAAAGCAAGGCUUCUUUGGUUGGAAACCACGUGGUGCUCGAAAGCAGCAGCAUGGUUUAGUGGACAACUUGGAGUUAUACGACGAUCCAAAAUGGAAUGCAGUUUACAAGGACUUUGCGAGACCGUCCGUGCUUGCCCAGAAUGCAGAAAAGGUUGAGCACUUCCAGCGUCAUUUGUCGUCAUUCGUUCUGAAGAGGUUACUCAUUCUAUGCGCCAUAAUCAUGGAAUUGCCUGAUGAAGAAGCACUGUGGAAGCUGCACAAUUACGAGUCGGCUUCUCAAUGUCACUUACGAUACAUGCUAUACCACCCACGCACUCAGGAAGAGUUACGCAUCAUGAAGGAACACAACAUCGAACACAACGUGUAUGGACAUACGGAUUUUGGAAGUUUGACACUGUUAAUGCGCCAGCCUGUGGCAGCGCUUCAGGUGCGCCCGUACGGCGAGGAGAAGUGGAAAUGGGUCAAGCCGCUCCGAGGAAGCAUCACGGUGAACGUAGCCGACACGCUUUCCUUUCUCACCGGAGGAUAUCUCGAGAGUAGCAUACAUCGUGUCGUGCUCCCCCCAGAGGAUCAACGGCACAUUCCUCGAUAUGGCGUGAUAUAUUUCUCUGGUCCAGACGAUGAUACACUACUUAAGCCUGUGGAAAGUCCUGUGCUGGAGCGUGAGAUGGUGCAAGGGAACAACAACAGAGCCUUGCCGCCAGAAGGCGUCACCGCUGCGGAAUGGGUUAGAAUUCGUUUCGGCAGCAUUGAUUUAAAUUAUUCGAAUAAUCGCGACAACAAGGUGGUGGUACGAAAUGUAGAAGUGCCAAGCUAUGCGAAUUGA